GACGCAAGAUCAGAAAAAAGGGAGCGCCAGUCGGCACAGAAGAGAAAUGGCUGUAAACGUGUACUCCACUUCAGUGACAAGCGACAACCUGAGUCGCCAUGAUAUGCUUGCAUGGAUCAAUGAGUCUUUACAGAUGAACUUCACAAAGAUUGAACUUCUAUGUUCAGGUGCUGCAUAUUGCCAGUUUAUGGACAUGCUCUUUCCUGGUUGUGUUCCUUUGAAGAAAGUAAAAUUUUCAGCAAAGUUAGAGCAUGAAUACAUUCACAAUUUUAAGAUAUUGCAAGCUGGAUUUAAGAGGAUGGGUGUUGACAAAAUCAUCCCUGUUGACAAGUUGAUAAAGGGCAAGUUUCAGGACAACUUUGAGUUUGUUCAGUGGUUUAAGAAGUUUUUUGAUGCCAACUACGACGGCAAAGAGUAUGACCCGGUGGAAGCGCGCCAGGGUCAGGACUCCGUGCCAGUCCAAGCCCCACCCAUGCCUGCCCUCAACAAGCCCAAGAAGAUCAUGAAUGCAGCACCACCGAGGGCGGCUGUUGCUAAGGUAACGCCCAAAAUGGCUCCCAGUUCUGCGCGAAGGCCAGGUGCUGGUGGGGAUGAUGAACGAGCAGAGCUUAUCCAAGAGGUAAACAUGCUGAAGUCUACAAUCCAGGACAUGGAGAAAGAGCGUGACUUUUACUUCGGCAAACUGAGGAACAUCGAGCUGAUCUGUCAAGAGAAGGAGAGUGAAGGAGACCCCACCUUACAGAGGAUUGUGGAUAUCCUCUAUGCCACAGAUGAGGGCUUUGUUAUACCAGAUGCUGAAGGAGAGGACCAGGAGGAGUUUUAAUAUAUAACCUGAUUCAAUUCUGCCCUGUCUUCUCCCUCAUCUCUACACAUUCACUCCCUCCUGCUGUCUCCGAUCAUUUUAUGCAUUUUGGAAUCAACGGACACUGUAUGGAAAGUUAUUCGGGUUGCAUACAGAGAUAAAAGUAGCUAUGUUUGAAGAACCUUCUCUGGCAGCUCAGAAAAGAGCGCACUAUGGCCAGCGAGUCGACCCUGCAUGGUUCAGAAGCGGCAGAGCAUUUGUUUUCAACAUUCAGCGUUGUCUUAAGUUCCUGAAACUUCAGGGGAGUUCGCAAAUGUAUUCAUCAUGUAUAACGCCUGGUUUUUGACACUGUUUUUAUUUGCCACUGAUUGAAGAGGUUAGAAAAAAGUUUCUUUCUACCUUCACACAUAAGUUGGCAUGUGCUUCACAACUAUGCUAUACUAAUCAUGUUUUGCCUAGUUAACAUUUUUGUUUGUAUCUAAAUCUUUUUUACUCUUGAUUCAGAAAUGAAUUAGUAAGAAUGUUGUUAGAAACAUGCAUCAUUACGCAUCAUCUGUAUUUGUAUCAGUUUGAAUUGCCUUUUAUUUUAUUACGAUCAAUUUUCUAAAGGCUAGUAGCAGUCACUUUUUUCCUUCAGCUUUGAGCCUGUGACUGUGCCUUAUAGACUGAGCAGAGGGAGUACCAGUCUAGGAAUUUGUGUCAUUUGUUUGUGUAUGUAUUUGUUUGUCUGUAGAAAUACUUUUGCCAGAAAAAAAAUGGUCCAAAAAAAGGGUUAGUUAAUUCUGACCGUUCCAAAUUUACCACAAACUGCCGUAAUUGUUAUCAGCAAUGUAAACUUCUCUUGGUGCUUUUUUGGGAUGCUGGUGUUACUGCGACGUCCCAAACUCAGCUGCAAAACUCAAACUCUUUUGUAAUUUUACAUAGCAUUUUAACCGUUUUCUCCUUUUACUUUCUUCAUUGGAAGAAUUGAUUGCAUUUUCUAUCUGUAAAUUUUGUUUAAAGCAAAAUUUAAAUUUUCUGCUUUUUUUUUUUAUUAGUGUUUGACCAGGUUUUGGUGCAGAUUUGUUCACUCUAAUCUCUCUCACCAAGAUAAAACAACUGUUUAAUAAUUAUAACUAUUGUCCAUUGUUUAAAUUGUUUUCUUUUUUUAGAGACUACAUUCCAAACCUCACGGCAAAUAAAAAUCUAACUGCAGUUAAUUAAUACUGAUGCAAAUGUUUAAACAUUCAAAAUCCCAGUUCAUGCUGAUUGCUGGACCCUAUCACAUCCUAAAUGGAUAAGGCGAUUUUUUUUAGCCUUUUUAAUUAGGUAAUUAGUCAUUUUUGAUUGUACAAAAUGUGUUGUGGAAAUUCCGGAACUACUAAUUCUUGUUGAUCACUGUGCCAACUGUGUUCUUACCCUUCAACUACCAUGUAGCAGUAAAUUGUAUCAGCACUUCUGCUUUUAUUUACUGGUUGUUGUUUUAUUUGCUGAUUUGUUUUGAGCAGAUCUUUUAAUGUGUACUUAAUAAAUCCAUUUAUUUCUUGGCAA